AUGCAAUCUCGUUUAGUUGAAAAAGUUCGUUCGACUUUAGAGAGCGUUGGUGUGAAGACGCCUCGGAAACUUAGACAACCAAAAAGCGAUACAUCAAAUAAAGAUAGACGACAUAAAAUUUUAGCAUUAGUCUUAGCAGGAGGUGAAGGUGGUCGUCUUGAUGUUCUUACUGAACAAAGAGCUAAACCAGCUAUUCCUUUUGGUGGAACUCUUCGUUUAAUUGAUUUUUCUAUGAGUAAUUGUCGUCAUUCACAUUUGCCUGAUGUUUGGAUUGUUGAACAAUAUGAAGUUUUUAAACUUAAUGAACAUUUAGCUAAUGGACGUCCAUGGGAUAUGGAUAGAACCUAUGGAGGUCUUCGAGUAUUACCACCUUUUGAAGUUCAUGAUAAGAAUAAAAACGAUGAUGAUAAAAAUGAUCAAAGUGGAAGUAAAGAUAAAAACAAAGAAAAAGAUAAGAAGAAGAACAAUAAUGAAAAAAGUCAAGAUAAUGAUGAUGGUCAUGGUGGAUUUGCCACAGGUAAUGCAGAUGCAAUUUAUCGACAACGUCGUUUGCUCAAUGAUUUUUCACCUGAUCUUCUAUUAGUUUUAAGUGCUGAUCAUGUUUACAAACUUGAUUUUCGUGAUGUUAUAGAUUUUCAUAAAGAUCAUCAAGCUGAUGUAACUAUAGUUACAACAAAAGUACCAGAAGGUGAUUCAGCAUCACGUUUUGGAGUUGUUCAAGUUAAUGAAGAAGGUCGUGUUACUAAUUUUGAAUAUAAACCAAAACAUCCAAAAUCUGAUCUUGUAACAACAGAAAUAAUUGUUUAUGAUUAUCCGAAAUUAAUGGAUACACUUGAGCAAUUAGCGGAUAAAGGUGAAUUAAAAGAUUAUGGUGAAGAAUUAUUACCAAAUUUAGUUAAAGAAGGAAAUGUUUGGGAAUUUCGUUUGAAUAGUUAUUGGAGAGAUGUUGGUAUACCAGAAAGUUAUUGGAAAGCAAGUAUGGAUUUAAUUUUAAAAAAAUCCGAAUUACAUUUAGAUGAUCCAGAAUGGCCUAUUCUUACACGUAGUACACAACGUUUACCAGCACAUUUACUUGAUUCAGCUCGUUUUGAAAACAGUCUUAUUUCACCUGGUUGUGUUAUUGGUGGAACAAUUAUUCGAUCAAUUCUAGGACCAGGUUGUAUUGUCGAUGCAGGAGCAAUUAUACGUGAUUCAAUUCUUUUUGAUGAAGUUCAUGUAGAAGAAGGAGCUCUUAUUGAACGAGCAAUUAUUGAUGAAAACGUUUUUAUUGGUAAAGGAGCAACAAUUGGUGUUGGGGAGAAAAAAGACUUGACAAUGAUUGGUAGAAGAGUUCAAAUUUCACCAGGUUCAGAUAUACCAGCUGGAGAAAAAAUUCAUCCUGAAAAAGAAGAAGAUUAA